UUUUUUUUCCUACUAAUAAAUGAUUAGUGCUUAUUAUGCUGGAGGCUCUAUUUUUGCCUUCCCAAACAUGCUGAGAUCAACGUUCACUCCUAUAUUCACGGCCUUUCCCUCUAAGGCCAAACACCGCAACUAUUCCAACACAAUUAUCACUGCAAUAUCAAAACCCCCACAAACUGUUCGACAAAAUGCCGCAGUAGAAAAUACAUUCCUGCAACAGCAUAACCCAACGUCAGCUUACGUUCACCUCCCUUUCUGCCGAAGACGCUGUCACUACUGCGACUUCCCUAUCGUCGCUCUCGGCUCAUCUUCACCUCAGGCUGAUGACGACCCGCGAAUUCUUAACUACAUUGAUUUUCUCUGCAGAGAAAUUAAAGCCACCCUAACACCUUCUAACCACAAGUCACCUCUCGAAACUGUAUUUUUUGGUGGAGGGACACCUUCACUUGUGCCACCAAGAUUAGUAUCUGUAGUCCUGGACACACUGGACUCUAAAUUUGGUGUGUGUUCCGAUGCUGAAAUUUCAAUAGAAAUGGACCCUGGUACAUUUGAUGCUGCAAAGUUGAAAGAUUUGAUGAAGUUGGGUGUUAAUAGAGUUUCUCUAGGAGUUCAGGCAUUCCAGGAGGAAUUGCUUAAGAGUUGUGGGAGAGCUCAUGGCGUACAGGAAAUUCAUGAGGCUAUUGACAUUGUUGGAUCAUGUGGUGUUGAGAAUUGGAGUGUGGACCUUAUAUCUUCACUUCCUCAUCAGAAGCCACAUAUGUGGGAACAAAGCUUGAGCCUCACCAUUCAAGCAAAGCCUACACAUGUUUCAGUUUACGAUUUACAAGUUGAACAAGAUACGAAGUUUGGAUCUUUAUAUACAGCUGGAGAAUUCCCUCUGCCUUCUGAAAAUCAAUCUGCUGAGUUUUACAAAAUGGCCUCUGAAAUGCUAAGAAAUGCUGGUUAUGAGCACUAUGAGAUAAGUAGCUACUGCAAAAGUGGUUAUCAAUGCAAGCACAAUUAUACAUACUGGAUAAACAAAUCUUUUUACGCUUUUGGACUGGGGUCAGCCAGUUAUCUUAAUGGAGUAAGGUUUUCAAGGCCAAGGAAGCUGAAAGAUUACAUGGGUUAUGUGCAAAAUUUGGAGAAUGGACUAGUGAAUUGUUGCCAGGACAGUAAAGUAGACGCUCAAGACAUAGCGACGGAUGUUGUUAUGCUGUCUCUGAGAACUGCUAGAGGGAUAGAUUUGAAGUCAUUUAGCAAAGCUUUUGGAAGCUCAACUGUUCUUUCCCUUUGUGAGGUCUAUAAGCCUCAUAUUGAGAGUGGGCAUGUUGUCUGUUUGGAUGAGCAGAGGAGGAAAAUCGACGCAGAAGAAUUCAGAUCUUUGUUAUCUGAAGGGGACAAGGUUAAUGAGGUAUUGGCAUAUAUCAGGCUUAGUGACCCUGAUGGUUUCCUGUUAUCUAAUGAGUUAAUAUCCCUCGCGUUCAAUGUGUUAGCUCCAUAAAUUUCAGCCUUGAUGGUUCAGAUGAGACUGCUUGGAGCUGCCUUGUUAGCAUUGCUGGCUGUUUAGGCAUGAGAUUGCCAAUACUUGGAUGCCAUCGGUUGGUUUGUGCGUGGAAAAUCUAUAAGGACAUGUGAACUGGUGGAAUCCUUAAUAGAGCAUAGGCAGGCGUGUAUGUAAUAUACUUAAUUAUUGGGAGAGAGCAGAAGGUUUUGUUAGCAAGCAUACUUGAUCAAAAGCAGCAGUAAAUGUAACUUGGGUAUAUGACCCUCACUGUUUAAUCAAAAUCCUUUUUUUAUGAGUCAAGAUUUCAUUCAUAAAUACCGCCAUGGAGUCCAAAAAUAUGUAUGAAUUUUGUAUAUGACUUAAUCCAAGUCAUCCAUAGUUGUCUAUUACGCUUUUCUUGCUAUCAAUACACAUGACAUUCUCUCCUUACAAUGGAAAUACAAGUGAAUGAUAAAGGUUUUUAGUGUUUUCCAUAUCAUUAUCAUUAGUUUGAAUUGAUCUAUUAUUUCUUCAUUCCAUCAAAUUGAGAUGCAUCUUCCAGCCAAUCUCCUACACAACAAGAGAUGAUUAUUUUCCUGUACAGAUUUAUCUCACAGGCUUGCACCGUUGGCAAGGUUAAUAGCUGUGCUGAUUGGUGUCACAUCGCUAAUUAGGAACGUUACUGGCUCUAAAAUAAAACUUCCGUUGAUGUACCCCUUGUCUGUAUAAGAUAAUAAUGCAGCUUCCUGUUUGGCUCCAAAAAACAAGAAAAGAAAUUAAAAGGAAUACUGAUUGACCACCUUGUCUUUCCAUUCGCUAACACGCACUUCCACGAGCUUACCACUUCCCAGUCAUAACAACACAAGUUUGUCCAAGACAUCCCAAAAGCAAACUUUAGAUUACACAAAGAAACAUACAACAUGAAGAAUUCACGUUUCCCCCAAUGUAAAAUUGAUAAAGAGAAAACUGGUCUUCCCAUGAAAAGUUGAAAACUGUUGUAUGGAUCUGUGAGAAGUGAUACAACAGAGGGUAAAGAAUUUAGCUUCUGCUUCAAUGAGAUCGGCUUAUCCAGGCAGACGACUUAAAUGCCAAGAUGCACUAUACCAUGCUGACGGAGGAUAUGUCUUGUCUUCUACAUCAGAACUCUGAUCAUCCAGCAACAGUAAAUGAUUUGUUGCCAAGAGAUGUCUACAGCAGGACAAGAAGAUGCGCAAUGUUAAUCCAUCUCCAUCCC